CGGCGCUGCAGCAGUCGCCUGCUUUUCCUGCCCCAGCCCGGCCGGCUCCUCCGCGCCGCCCGUGUGCGAGUCCCCGAGAAAGGCGACCGCCGCUGUGGAUACUUUGUCUGCUGCGAGAAUGUAAGAUGGAUCCAGAAGAGCAGGAACUAUUAAAUGACUAUCGAUACAAAAGUUACUCUUCAGUGAUCGAAAAGGCUUUAAGAAAUUUUGAGUCCUCCAGUGAAUGGGCGGAUCUUAUCUCUUCACUGGGCAAGCUCAACAAGGCCCUUCAGAGUAACCUGAAGUACUCCUUGUUGCCACGACGGCUCGUCAUCAGCAAGAGGCUGGCUCAGUGCCUGCACCCUGCUCUGCCCAGUGGCGUGCACCUGAAAGCCCUGGAAACCUAUGAGAUCAUCUUUAAAAUUGUGGGGACCAGAUGGCUGGCCAAGGAUCUGUUCUUAUACAGCUGCGGGCUGUUUCCUCUCCUGGCACAUGCAGCCAUGUCAGUGAGGCCCGUGCUGCUUGGCCUGUAUGAGAAGUACUUCCUCCCGCUGCAGAAGCUGCUCCUGCCCAGUCUCCAGGCCUUCAUCACUGGCCUGCUGCCCGGCCUGGAGGAGGGCUCGGAGAUCUACGACAGAACAGAUGCUCUGCUCCUGAGACUGUCCCUGGUGGUCGGCAAAGAAGUGUUUUAUGCUGCCCUUUGGGGUAGUGUCCUGGCGAGCCCGUCCAUCCGCCUGCCUGCCUCGCUCUUUGUCGUGGGUCACAUCAGCAGGGACUCACCUGGCAAGGAGCAGAAGUACAUGCUGGGGACAGAUUACCAGCUCACGGUAAAGGCUUUAUGCGCAUCACUGUUGGACUCCAAUGUUCUGGUGCAAAGAAAUAACCUGGAAAUCGUUCUCUUCUUCUUCCCGUUCUAUACCUGUCUGGAUUCCCAGGAGAGAGCCAUCCCCCUGCUCAGACCCGACAUCGUUCGGAUUCUCUCAGCUGCCAGCCAGACCCUGCUGAGAAGAGAUAUGUCUCUGAACAGAAGGCUUUACGCGUGGUUACUGGGUUCAGAUAUCAAAGGAAAUACUAUUGUGCCGGAAUCCGAAAUCUUAAAUUCUUAUGAAGACCAGUCCUCAUAUUUUUUUGAAAAGUAUUCCAAGGAUCUUUUAGUUGAGGGCCUGGCUGAGUUGUUGCACCAGGAGUUCUCAGAUGCUGAUGUCGAGGAACGCCACUCAGCAUACCUGAGGCCUUUCCGCAUCCUCAUCAGUCUGCUGGACAAGCCGGAAAUAGGGCCUCAGGUGGUUGGGGAUUUGUUUCUUGAAGUCAUCCGGGCCUUUUAUUCCUACUGCAGAGAUGCGCUCGGCUCUGAUCUUCAACUCAGCUACACCCAGAGUGGAAAUCUGCUGGUCAGUACAAUAAAAGAAAACAGAAAUGCCUCCGAGAUCGUUAAAACGGUGAAUUUGCUGAUCACUUCCCUGAGCACAGACUUCCUCUGGGAUUAUGUGACCAGGUGUUUUGAGGAUUGCUUUAGACCAGAGAAGCAGAGUCCCGCCAUCGGGAAGAGCGUCAGCCCUCCCCCGACGGUCUCUGAGCUCUGCACCCUCCUUGUGUUCCUUCUGGAUGUCAUUCCCUUGGAACUUUACUCUGAGGUGCAAACCCAGUACCUGCCGCAGGUGCUCGCCUGCCUGGUGCAGCCUCUGGCUGAGGACAUGGAGGCUUUAAGCUUACCUGAACUCACGCAUGCCCUGAAGACAUGUUUCAAAGUGCUCAGCAAGGUCCAGAUGCCACCUUCCUACCUGGACGAGGAGGCCACAAGUGGAAACUCAAGUCCAGUAAAACAUGAAAACAGUGACAUCAUUUUAGACACAAAGGCAGUGAUCCCAGGUGAUGAAGACGCUUUGUUUCCUGCACUUAAAUCUGAAGACAGUGGGAUUGGGCUCAGUGCGUCAUCACCAGAGCUCUCUGAGCACUUGAGGGUCCCCAGAGUCUCUCCUGAAAAAGACGAUGUUUGGAAGACGGGCGGGAGUAUGCAGAGGACAUUUUUUUGCAUCCAGGAGCUAAUUGCCAACUUUGCCCAUAAGAACAUCUUUGGAGUACAGCUAAUGGCGCCCGGAGCGGAAAACAAGGCUGAAGAGCCUGGGGGCCAGAGGGACGAGGCCAGGCCUUCGGGCCCAGAGCCCAGCCUCCGUGGCAGGAAGAACUCGUGGGAGGCCAGGCCCAUCAGUGUGCCCCAGUUUAAGCAGAUGCUCUCAGACUGGUUCACAGUCCGAGGGUCUCCAUUUAAGACAAAAACUGUGGAGUCGCCAUCACCUUCGCCCAGCAACCCUGGCCAAACAAAGGAGGGAGACUGGGCCGUGGACCAGGUGGUCACUGACCUGGGGAGCUCCAGGGAGGGCUGCAGGGAGGCCUUCGCCGCUGCCUGCCACCUGCUGCUGGACUGCGCCACCUUCCCCAUCUACCUGUCCGAGGAGGAGACGGAGCAGCUCUGCGAAAAGCUCUUCCAGCUCCCUGGAGCCGGCGAGUCCAGUUUUCCGUCGUGGCUGAAAUCCCUCAUGACCAUUUGCUGCUGUGGGAAGGACUGCUACCUCCAGAACGUGGCCAUCUGCACUCUGCUGGAGGUGAUCAACCACUCCCAGUCCCUUGCGCUUGUCAUUGAGGACAAGAUGAAACGCUAUAAGAGCUCUGGAUACAACCCAUUUUUCGGCAAGCUGCAGAUGGUGACGGUGCCUCCCAUUGCACCAGGAAUCCUGAAGGUCAUUGCAGAGAAAACAGACUUCUAUCAGAGGGUGGCUCGUGUGCUGUGGAAUCAGCUGAACAAGGAGACCCGGGAGCAUCACGUCACCUGUGUGGAGCUAUUCUACCGGCUGCACUGCCUGGCCCCAACGGCCAGCAUCUGCGAGGACAUCAUCUGCCACGCCCUCCUGGACCCUGACAAGGGGACCAGAUUGGAGGCUCUGUUUAGAUUUUCUGUCCUCUGGCACCUGACGCGAGAGAUCCAAGGCAGUCGGGUGACAUCUCACAAUCGCUCCUUCGACAGGUCCCUGUUCGUUGUUCUGGACAGCCUGACCUGCACCGACGGUGCCAUCGGCGCGGCAGCCCAGGGCUGGCUGGUGCGGGCACUUUCCCUCGGUGAUGUGGCACGCAUCCUUGAGCCCGUGCUCCUGCUCUUGCUGCAGCCCAAAACCCAGAGGACCUCCAUUCACUGUCUCAAGCAGGAGAACUCAGCAGAGGACUUGCAUCGUUGGUUUAACAGGAAGAAAACCUCUUUCAAAGAGACAUGUGGAGUGCCCGAGCUUCAGGAAAGCAGCUCAGAAGACAGCGUGCCUCUGAGCCAGUUCACCACGGUGGACCGCGAGGCCAUCUGGGCCGAGGUGGAGAAGGAGCCAGAGAAGUGCUCGCCGGGAGGCCAGCUAAGCGAGGAGGAUCUUCCCUACUACACGGACCUUCAGGACAGGACAGCCCGAGGCGCUCCGGACAGCAGCGAGCACACCGAGUCUGCAGACUCGAGCUCUGCCCACACGGACAGCGAGAACACCUCCUCCUUGUCCUCCCCUUCCCACGACCUGCAGGAGCUGAGCAAUGAAGAGGGCUGCUGUGCUCCCGUCUCCGCGGGCAGCAGGGUUUACCCCCGGCGCUCCGCCUUCCUGGCGGCCUUCCAGGCCGAAAGCUUCAAGUCUAAUGCCCAGCUAAGCUUGGCCCGCGUGGACUCAGACAAGACCCAGGCUUCGGAGUCAUUCUCCAGUGACGAGGAGGCGGACGUGGAGCUCCAGGCCCUCACCAUGUCCAGGCUGCUAAAGCAGCAGCGGGAAAGGCAGGAGACAGUCGAGGCCUUGUUCAAGCACAUCCUGCUCUACCUGCAGCCUUACGACUCCCGGCGGGUCCUCUACGCCUUCUCCGUGUUAGAGGCCGUGCUCAAAACCAACCCCAAGGAGUUUAUCGAGGCCGUGUCCAGGACCAGCAUGGACACGAGCUCCACCGCGCAUCUCAACCUCAUCUCCAACCUCCUUGCUCGUCACCAGGAGGCCCUCGUUGGCCAGAGCUUCUACGGAAAACUCCAGACCCAGUCCCCCAACGUGUGCCCCCACUCUCUGCUGAUCGAGCUCCUCACCUACCUGUGCCUGAGUUUCCUGCGUAGCUAUUACCCUUGUUACUUAAAGAUCUCCCACCGAGACCUACUUGGCAACCGGGACGUCCAGGUCAAAAGCGUGGAGGUUUUGAUUAGAAUAAUGACGCAGCUGGUCUCAGUGGCCAAGUCCACUGAAGGGAAGAACGUGGAGUUCAUCCACAGCCUACUGCAGAGGUGCAAAGUGCAGGAGUUUGUCCUGCUGUCCCUGUCAGCGUCCAUGUAUACAAGCCAGAAGCGCUAUGGCCUGGCCACCGCAGAACGAGGCCAGGCCCUGCGGGAAGACAGCCUCUUCGAGGAGAAUCUCAUCAACUUGGGCCAGGAUCAGAUCUGGAGUGAGCACCCCCUGCAGAUCGAGUUGCUGAAGCUCCUGCAGGUGCUAAUUGUCUUGGAGCAUCACCUGGGCCAGGUCCAUGAGGAGGCUGAAAACCAGCCACAGUUGGCCCGGGAGUGGCAGAGGGCCCUCAACUUCCAGCAGGCCAUCAGCGCCAUGCAGUACAUCCAGCCCCACCCCCUCACCUCCCAGGGGCUGCUGGUGUCCGCUGUGGUGAGAGGUCUGCAGCCGGCCUAUGGCUACGGCAUGCACCCCGCCUGGGUGAGCUUGGUCACCCAUUCCUUGCCGUACUUUGGAAAGUCCCUGGGCUGGACAGUGACACCCUUCGUUGUCCAGAUUUGCAAAAACUUGGACGAGCUCGUCAAACAGUAUGAAAGCGAAUCUGUGAAGCUCUCUAUCAGCAUCACCUCCAAGAGGGAAAACAUUUCUCCGGAUUACCCACUCACUCUUUUGGAAGGACUGACAACCAUUAGUCAUUUUUGUCUUUUGGAACAACCCAACCAAAGUAAAAAGACCAUAGCUGUAAGUGAUCCCACCAGUCUCAAAAAUGCCAAGAAUGCCAUUCUGGAGGAGCUGCCCCGAAUCGUUAACACCAUGGCUCUUCUCUGGAACGUACUCAGAAAGGAGGAGACACAAAAGAGACCCGUGGAUCUCCUCGGAGCCACGAAGGGAUCCUCUUCCGUUUACUUUAAAACCACCAAGACUAUACGACAAAAAAUCUUAGACUUCUUGAACCCCUUGACAGCCCAUCUCGGAGUCCAGCUCACCGCCGCUGUCGCCGCAGUGUGGAGCAGAAAGAAAGCUAAACGGCACAGCAAGAUGAAGAUUGUCCCCACAGCAAGUGCAUCCCAGCUAACCCUCGUUGACCUGGUUUGUGCGCUCAGCACCCUGCAGACAGACACAGUGCUGCAUCUGGUGAAGGAGGUGGUGAGGAGGCCACCGCAGAUCCGGGGGGACCAGAAGUCGCCGCUCGUGGACAUCCCUGUGCUGCAGUUCUGCUAUGUUUUCAUCCAAAGGCUCCCAGUGGCCGCCUUGCAGGAGAACUUCCCUGCGCUGCUGGGCGUGCUGAAGGAGUCGGUGCAGCUGAGCCUGGCUCCCCCUGGAUACUUUCUGCUUCUCAGCAUGCUCAACGACUUUGUGACACGAACGCCCACCCUGGAGAGCAAGAAGGAUCAAAAAGACCUGCAGGAAGUCACUCAAAAAAUCCUAGAAGCUGUGGCGAACAUCGCUGGCUCUUCCUUGGAACAAACCAGCUGGCUGAGCAGAAACCUGGAGGUGAAGGUGCAGCCGCAGAUCUUUCUGGAAGAAUCUGAUGCUGAGGAAGAUGUGUACGCAGAUGCUGCUGCCGCUGCUUCAGCCAUGGUGUCUGCGUCUGCCCCAUCCAUGUACAGUGUGCAAGCCCUCUCCCUCCUGGCAGAGGUUCUGGCAUCUCUCCUGGACAUGGUGUAUCGGAGUGAUGAGAAGGAGAAAGCUGUGCCGUUGAUCUCCCGCCUGCUUUAUUACGUGUUUCCUUACUUACGCAAUCACAGUGCCUACAAUGCCCCCAGCUUCCGGGCCAGCACUCAGUUGCUGAGCUCUCUGAGCGGUUAUGCCUAUACGAAACGAGCCUGGAAGAAGGAAGUCCUGGAGCUGUUCUUGGACCCUGCCUUCUUUCAGAUGGACACAUCUUGUGUACAUUGGAAGGCCAUUAUUGACCAUCUUCUGACUCAUGAGAAAACAAUGUUCAAAGAUUUAAUGAGCAUGCAGAGCAGUUCCUUAAAACUGUUCUCAAGUUUGGAGCAGAAAGCCAUGCUGCUAAAGCGCCAGGCUUUUGCUGUCUUCAGUGGCGAACUGGAUCAGUACCACCUUUACCUUCCUCUGAUACAAGAACGCCUAACAGACAAUCUCAGAGUUGGACGGACAUCCCUAGUUGCUGCUCAGAUGUUCCUUUUUUUUAGAGUUUUGCUGCUAAGAAUAUCUCCCCAGCAUUUGACUUCAUUGUGGCCAAUAAUGGUCUCUGAAUUAAUUCAGACAUUCAUACAGCUUGAGGAAGAUCUGAAAGAGGAUGACGAAUCAUUGAGAAACAGCAACAAAAUGAACAGAAUGAAAGUUUCAGUCGCUGAUGGAAAUGGGCCCUCAACGGGAGAGAUACCUCAGAGUGAACUCAUCUUGUAUUUAUCAGCUUGCAAGUUCUUGGACACGGCACUUUCUUUUCCAUCUGACAAGAUGCCAUUAUUUCAAACGUACAGGUGGGCAUUUGUGCCAGAAGUGGACACAGAGGGCCCUGCCUUCCUGUCAGAUCUGGAGGAGAAUCAGCAAGAAUGCAAACCCCACACUGUUAGGAUUCUAGAACUUCUAAAAUCAAAAUACGGGGAAAUUAGCAACUCUGAUGAGAUCACCAUGAAGAGUGAAUUCCCUCUUCUGCGCCAACACUCUGUUUCCAGCAUCAGGCAGUUGAUGCCGUUCUUCAAGAUUCUAAACUGUGCUUUUAAAACCCAAAACACACUGCCCAUUGACACCCAAGGACCUCCACUCUUCGAGUUCCCUGUCACAGACAGCCCAAGGGUCUUAAAACGGCUGGAGGAAUGCAUUGAGUAUGAUUUUUUGGAGAAUCUGGAAUGUUAACCUUCUAAGACUGUUUGAUUCGUUUACUGGUAUGUACUUCAGUGGAAGCCGAUGUGUCCCGAACAAGAACAGAGCCUGGGCAGGCUUUAAAAACACGCCUGUUUCAGUGUUGAAAGCAGAUUUCAGAUGAUGAUCUGCUGGGCAACAAAACACACCUCCCUAAAUGCCUUGUAAUAUAUUUGGAUCGAAUUAUAUGUUUCCUCAAUUUAUGUAAAGAAAAUAAAGUUAAUAUAUCAUCUAACGAUCG